GGGGCUCCUGGGCGCAUGCGUGGAAGGCCUGCGCGCCCUCCUGGAGAGUGGCGGCAAGGGGAAGCGCCCUGCGGACGUUAGAAGGAAGGCCUGCCCUGCACUUUGGGGGUCCCCUGCCCCGCUCCUCCUCUUCACCAUGCCAGCCGGGGUGCCUUGGUCAAACUACUUGAAAAUGCUCAGCGCUACCAUGUUAACAAUGCUUGCAGGAGCAGAAGUGGUGCAUAGGUACUACAGACCCGACCUUACUAUUCCUGAAAACCCCCCAAAGCCUGGUGAACUCAGAACGGAGCUGUUGGGGCUGAAAGAAAGACAGGAUGAAGUACAGAGUUCUCAACAACGGUGAUCAUUUGGUACACCUAAGGUGGAAAAUCAAUGUUUGAAUUUAUUUUUCUAUCAACUGUCAAGCUACUUGACUUCCUUUAUGUAAUGUAAAGCCACAUAUGCUAAGGCUUGUUUGGAAGAGCUUCGUGAAUUAAGGCUUAAUUAUGUUCUGACUGAUGUUACUGGAGAAGUGUAACUAGCUGUGCCACAUGAGCUAUUGGAAAAUGGCUUUGAGGAUUUUUCAGUCUGGUCUUGAAUUUUUCUAAUGCACAUUAAAACACCAUGCAUGUCUGCCUACUUUUAAACAUUUGAAAUAGUGUAACAAUUGAACUAUAUAGAAUGAGUGUAUUAAAUGACAUUUUCAGUAAAUCAUUGCAGUGUAAAGUUAAUGAUUUUAAAAAUAUUCUGUAUUAUAUGGGUGGAAAAUACCUUUUUUUGUGAUAUCAUUAAACUCUGAUUUUUAAAAA